UCGACAAUGAAGCAGUUUUUGUCGAUUUUCGCUUUUUUCUUCGUUUUUCAGCGAAUUAUUUGUUGUUCUGAUUCAAUAACAACCGCAAGUGGUCCCUUUGCUCCCGCCCGAAUUUGUUCUGGAGAAUUAAUUUUUGAAGAAAAUUUCGACAAAUUCGAUCUUGACCUGUGGAAUCACGAAGUUUCGCUUUAUGGAGGGUACAACGGCGAGUUUCAGUGGUACACGAACCAUCGUGACAACACUUUUGCGCAAGAUGGAAAGUUGUUUGUGAUGCCGACGCUUACUUAUAAAUAUUUGCCAUGCAAUUGUCCGGAGAGUUUGACGUCGUACACGUUGGAUUUGCUGAAAGAAGAGCCUUUUGUUUGCACAAAUGCCGAUCGUGAAGGUUGUUUCAUGCAAGGAACGUCAGAGGAAAUUAUUAAUCCGGUACGUUCGGGAAGAAUUAAGACCGAUAACGGAUUUCGCUUUAAAUAUGGAAAAGUUGAGGUACGAGCAAAAGUUCCGCGAGGACCGUUUUUAUGGCCUGCGGUUUGGAUGAUGCCAGCUGAGAGUGUUUACGGCGGAUGGCCCAACAGUGGCGAGAUUGACAUCAUGGAAUCGCGUGGAAAUAAACAAAUUUUGACGAAAAAUGGGGAGGAAAUUGGGAAUAGAAGAGCUUUGCAAACGCUUCAUUUCGGAAAUGGAUGGCAACAUCACGAAUAUCGCGAGACAAAUAAUUUAAAUGACGAGGAAUUUGGGAAAGAUUUUCAUUUGUUCAAGUUGGAAUGGACUCCAGAACACAUUAAAUUCCAAACCGACGAUUUCCCUGAGAGAAUUUUGAACAGUCCAUUUCAAGGCAAUUACACUGGAUCUGAGAAUGAAAUUGCUCCAUUCGAUCAGGAGUUUUAUUUUAUAAUUAAUUUGGCAGUUGGAGGCACGCACGGAUAUUUUCCAGAUGAUGCGGAAUAUGCGCCGGAAUUAAAGCCUUAUAGAAAUGACGAUGGAAGGAGAGUUGGGCAGACAAAAUAUUGGAAUGCGAAUACAUGGAAAGGGAUUGAAAAAGAUCCAGAAGGGAGUUCAUUGCAAGUUGAUUAUAUCAAAGUUUGGGCUCUUUAGUUGGAUUUUAGAGGAUAUUUAGAGUGAUACAAUAGGAGAAAAUGUUUUGAAUUUCAUUUUUUUUUUCAAUUAAAAAAAAAAAAUUGAAAAGUUGAUAAAAUUUUUAACCAAUAUUGAAUAAAAAAUAAUCAAAAUGUCAUAAAUUCUGUAAAAAAUAGUUUAAAAGUUAAUAUUUUUUCACGUUUUUAAAUUUUGAGUGAAUAAUAUUUAAUUUUGUGAUUAUUUCUCUUAAUUUUUAUAUAAUUGUUUUAAAAAUUAAGUAAAAUUUCAAAAAAUUCAAAAUUCGAAAUCUAUGAAAUUCAAAAUAUGU